UGAUGAGACCUAGUGACUGGAAUGGAAGCUGCAGGUAUUAAUGAAAAUUGCCAACUGAUAGGUCUGACUUAUGGCACUCUUGUCCCAUAGUGUCUCUAGGGUAUAAAUUGCUCAGUGUGGCUUUUUGCACUUGCAGUGGGUUAACUUGAGUAUUGGCCAGUAAUUUCUUGGCAGAGUGUACUUAACUCUAAUCCUAAGUAACAGCAAGCAGUGUCUGACACACGGUGUGAUUCUUGUUCCCACAGCAGUUAAUGUUUGUCCUUUAGUGGAACAGUAGGAUAAUUGGUGGCAGAAACUACCGUGGGAAAUGCGAGCUCUUGUCCUAUGAAGCACGGUGUGAAUCGGUGACUUUCUCACGCCCGUGUGGCAUUGUAUCCUGGCUGUUCUUGCUUGGUCGUCUGCCAUUGUUUGCUGUCCCAUGGUGGCAGUGUAACCAACCCAAUCAGAAAGCUUUGAUGCAGGAAAGAGGCAUUUAUGCAUGAUAGCAAGGGUGAUAAACAUACUGGUUAGACAAAACAAUAGCCUGUCUGGAUCGAAGCAAGGAAAUUUUUGAUCCAUUUUAAUGUAUAAUCAAAGUAACACAUCUGUUUAAAUGAACACUCUUUGAUGGUGUGUCAGCAAGUCACAAAAACAGCUGCUGCCUGAUGUGCCCUUGCCACCUAACCUUGCAACUGCAAUCACUUUUGUCCCUGUCCCCAAGGGUCUGAGACUGCUGCUCUCAAACUCAAGUUUGAGAGGUCCAGCUAAAGGCCUUGAAAUCUAAUCAGAGUAUUUCUGCUGAAGUUGUUUUAUGAAAGAAGUACCUCACAGAGAGCACAUGCAGUGCUGCCCAAAGACCAACUCUUAAAAUGAUCCAGCCUUCAGCAGCCGGUAGCCUGGUGGGCAGACGUAAUGAGAAGAAAUCUUCAGUCAGAAGGAAACUCUGGAAUAACAAAGUUGCCUCAAAGGCUUGUAAAGCUGAGGUGUCUGUGGACAAAGAGCAAGAGAAUGAGAAUGAUGUCAUUCAAGCUGAAGAUCUCAUGAUGAAAGGAGAUCCUUCAUCUCAGUAUUGGAAAGAAGUGGCUGAAGAAAGGAGGAAGGCUCUGUAUGAAGUGCUUCAAGAAAAUGAAAAGUUGCACAAAGAAAUCGAGCAGAAGGAUGGUGAAAUUGCCCGCCUAAAAGAAGAAAAUGAAGAGCUCAUGUCCCUCGCUGAGCAUGUGCAUUAUAUGACCAGCGUGAUUGAGAGGCUAACUGGGCAAGCACCUGACAGUCUUGAGACACUGGAGAGUCUGGCUCUAGAGGAAUCCAGACAGGAAAAUGAAGAGCAUAACUGUGGAGACAAGGCAGACAGUCCUUCUGAAGAGGAGCCAUCACAAGUAUUGUCUGGUUUAAGGGAGAAUAGAUCAGAUCCUCCUUCAAAGGAAACAAGCCAUUUGCAACUGGAAUGACAACCUUUAAAUAGGCUUAUAUAUGUGGCUUUUAAUUGCAGACUUCCUCUUGAAAGGAUAUAUUAAACCUCAGGUAUAGAAACUCUUGUGGGAACAUUACAGAUGUUGACAUUUUUAACUGGAAUUAUGUAGCAGUGGGAGGGGUAUCUGAAUAAUGCAUGGAAAAUUUACUGCAGGCUGCAUGUAGUUGCUUGUAUGAAGCACAAAUACUGUGUAUUUCAACUGUUGUGUAAAUAUCUUUAUCAGUUGGUCUGACAUGAUGCAUGGAAAUUGAUAAAUAAAUCUUUGAAUUACCAAAAUAAUGUCUUAAUUGACAGGGGAAUGGUUAAUCCUUGGUUUAAAUCAGUUAUGACUCCUGUAGUAGAAACUGUAGAAACUUUCAAAUUUUUUGGGGGAAUGCCUGGGCAGUUUUUAGGGUUUUUUUAGGUUUGCAGAAUUCUGGAGAACAAAAUUACUUUUUUUUUGUGGAUAGAGAGUGGAAGAAAAAGCAAGAAUGUAUGUGCUGUUGGUGAGGUGUCAAAAAAUCUUACUGGGUAAUUAGAGUAAAAAUCUAAAGGUCGGUUAGAUUUAUGAUUUUUAAGUUUUUUUUUUAAUUAAUUUUCUCUGCCUUCUAAGGAAGCAUUUUGCAAGCUGUGUAAGGAGAGUUUAACUAAUUGGUUUAUGAAGAGAAGGUGGUGUAUUCUUAGUCCCAGUAGCAGCUGCGCUGGAAACUAGGUGGAAACAAAACAGCCUAUACUUCAGAGCUAUUCUGAAUGGAAACUGUUUUCAAGGUACUGCUCUGAUAUUUACCAAGAGAUGAGAAACCCUUUUACCAAGGUGCUUAGGUUCUGAAAGGUUUACAGGAAUAGAAAGUAGUCUUUAAAACCUUGAGCACCCUGCAUGGGCCAUGAUGGAACAGGAGAGUAAGUUGGAUACAGAUUUUCCAGUAAUGAGUGAACUCGGGGCAGUUCUGUAACAAGGCUUUAACAAUGGGGGCUGUUGCCGUAUCUUGGGAGGAGCUUAAAGCUGAGUGGCUUUCGGGAGGCAGAAGUGAAUAGAGGCAUCCUGGUUUGUGGAUCUCUGGCCUUACCGAAGAUGGUUGCUUCAGGGUAUGUGUGAAUGACUCUGGAGCUAUCAGAUUGGCACCUUUAUAUUCCUUCUGUUUUACUUCCUGUGGCUGUUGAUAAAUUAACAGAUGUUUUACAACUGAUUUCAGUUGUGACAUCCAGGAAAUGGCAGAAGCCAUUGUAGAAGAUAAUACUCCUGGCUGCCAUUUUACCUCAAGCAUGCUAAAAGAGGCAUCACAAUGGAAAAAGAGGCAUCACAAUAUCUUGUGGAUUUUGUAAGCACAAGAUUUUAUCUUCCGACAUGUGCUCCAGGGGGUGCUUAGACAUAUUUCUUUCCAUCACAGGAUGAAAAGGUGAGGAAGGUGUGUCCUCUAUCUUGCACUGAUGCUGUCUUGAAGAAACAAAACUGGGUGCUGGGCAAAUGUUUUGUAGAGUAACCUUGGCUUUCUGUUAAGGAGAAGUGGAUAAUGGUUGUCAAGUGAUUUAGACCUCACCUAUCUCACAUUCUAAGCAACUUUCUUAACAAAGUAGUUCCAACAUUACUAAAAGGAAACAAAUUUCAUUUUGAUACAAUUGUUUUUUGCAGUUCUUAGUUAUUGAUUGUUAACUGAAAUUUUUUUAGAGGUGGCUUUAUUUUUAAACAUCAGGCAUACUGUAUUUGCAGAGGCUGUAGAAGGGAAGGACGGACUGUGGCAUGACUAGCAGACCAAAGUGAGACAGCAAGUGCAACCUUUCCACUAUUUCACUUCCUGCUGUGUGAACUGCUGUAGUACAGGUGCUGCUGUUGGAACAGAACUGCCAGAAAGAGACAAUCCAGAAUUUGUGUGCAGUAUCUGCAUCUGUGUUUCUUACCUUCAGGUUGAUCAAGAAGAAUGAUUAUUAGGUUUAGAUAUUAUGCCUUUUCUGGAUUGAUUUUAUUUAAAUAAAAGAUGUGACAGUCCCUUCA